CUUCCGGGGUGGGGCCUGCUGCCCGCGGGCACGCUCUUCGUCGUCGCGCCUGCGCUCUGACACCCCGGGUUGUAACGGCGGUGGCGGCUUCCUGGGAGCCGCUGGCUGAUGGGAGAGCGUGCUCUUUAACUUCUGAGGGAGAUGCGCUGUCUUGUAUCCGUCAGGGCCUGCCGUAAGGUGUGCAGGUGCCUGCUGUCUGGGUUCGGGGGUCGAGUAGAUGCUGGGCAGCCGGAGCUGUUGACGGAAAGGAGUGACCCCCACGGAGGGCACCUGAGGUCGCACGCGGAGCUCCAGGGGAACGGCGAGCACCCAGAAGCCCCCGAGUCUGGAGAGGGAGGCGAGGCGCUGUUAGAGAUCUGUCAGAGGAGGCAUUUCCUAGGUGGAAGCAGGCAGCAGCACAGCCGGGAUUCUCUUCUGAGCGGGUGCCACCCCGGCCUUGGACCCUUGGGCGUAGCGUUGCGGAAGAACCUGGCCGCAGAAUGGUGGACCUCGGUGGUGGUGUUCAGGGAGCAGGUCUUCCCGGUGGACGCCCUUCACCACGAACCAGGCCCUUCGCUGCCCGGGGACAGUGGCUUCAGGUUAGUUUCUGCAGAAACUCUACGCGAAAUCUUGCAAGACAAAGAGCUGAGUAAGGAACAGCUAGUAGCAUUUCUUGAGAACGUAUUAAAAACUUCCGGGAAACUACGGGAGAGCCUUCUUCACGGUGCCUUGGAACACUAUGUGAAUUGCCUGGAUCUGGUAAACAAGAGGCUACCUUAUGGCCUUGCUCAGAUUGGAGUGUGUUUUCAUCCUGUUUUUGACACUAAGCAGAUACUGAAUGGUGGUAAAAGAAUUGGUGAGAAGACUGAGGCUUCAUUAGUAUGGUUUACUCCUGUGAGAGCUUCAAACCAGUGGCUUGAUUUCUGGUUACGUCAUCGACUCCAGUGGUGGAGAAAGUUUGCUGUGAGUCCAUCUAACUUCAGCAGCAGUGACUGUCAGGAUGAAGAAGGCCGGAAAGGAAACAAACUUUACUACAAUUUUCCCUGGGGAAAGGAGCCAAUAGAAACCCUGUGGAACCUAGGAGAUCGUGAACUUUUACGCUUGUAUCCUGGCAAUGUGUCUAAAUUACAUGGCCGAGAUGGACGAAAAAAUGUGGUUCCUUGUGUUCUGUCUGUAAGUGGGAAUCUAGACCGAGGUGUGCUGGCCUACCUCUAUGAUUCUCUCCAGCUGACGGAGAAUUCCUUUACAAGAAAGAAAAAUCUUCAGAGAAAGGUACUUAAACUUCACCCUUCUUUAGUCCCUAUUAAGGUUGCUUUGGAUGUAGGAAGAGGCCCUACAUUGGAACUAAGACAGGUUUGUCAAGGGCUGUUUAAUGAAUUACUAGAAAGUGGGAUUUCUGUGUGGCCUGGUUAUUUGGAAACGAUGCAAGUCUCAUUGGAACAACUUUAUUCAAAGUAUGAUGAAAUGAGUAUCCUCUUCACAGUUUUGAUUACUGAAACUACUUUGGAGAAUGGAUUAAUACAUCUGAGAAGUAGAGACACCACAAUGAAGGAAAUGAUGCAUAUAUCCAAAUUAAAAGACUUUUUGUUCAAGUAUAUAUCAUCGGCUAAGAAUGUAUAGGUUUUUAUAUUUGUAUAAUAAAUAUUCUUCUUUCCUAA